AUGUUCUCCGAAUAUGCCUCACGCUUCCUUGCCCAGUCACAGUCGAGGGUAGCGCCUCGCCCAGAUGACCUUCAAAGAACGGGCCGUAGUCGUCCUAACCAUCAACCUCAAGCGACCUCACGUCACCCAUCGUCACGGUCUUUCCUACGCCCGAGCGAUCCGUAUCGACCGGGUGCAUCUCAAACUUCUCAUUUCCCCUUUGCCUCCCGUGGUCCCGCCCAAGCUCCCCUCUUCUUCAGUGCCACCGAUGAAUUCCGAGAAGAAGAUGACGAGACGGAACGUGAGCGGGAAAUAGCAGAUUUCUAUGCCUUGCAACGGUCCAGAAGGCAUUUUGGCGACAGCAAUUUAAAGGACUCUUCGGAACUUGACGAUUCCGAACGCUCAGAGGGGUUUGAUGAGGGUUCUUCGCCAUAUGAUAACCGUCCUGGUAACGGGAAAGGAAUCAAAAGUUCGUGGCGUGGUGAAAAGAGUGUUGCUUCUACUCGCCAUUUUCUCAUCGAUCCCGUUGAAGAGGUAGCAGAGCAUGCUCUUGGGUCUCAAGCUAGCCCCAGCAGUAGCAAGGUCCGAGGACAUCUGGUUGAUGUCGGCCUGCAAGAUUCUUUGCGAGCCGACUUUGACGAAGAUCACAUACCACACAGCCCCAGCAGCCGCAAUCCACCCAUCCAACUAUUUAGAGAGCGAGGCUCAACGAGGGACUCUGAGAUCGGCCUUCUAGGGCAUGCUGAACAGGCUGGUCUUUUAUCGCACGAUGUCCCACGACCACCCAGCUCGACAGGUUCAUUCCCAGCCUCGGUAUCUCCAUUGGUCUCGGAAACCAUCGCCCAUGAUGCAUUUUGGGGCCAGCUGUUCUUGAUAUCUCUUGCUGGGCUGUUUGCCUCUGCAUUCCUCGUGUAUCUUCACACGUCUACCCCAUCUGGAGACAAGUCAAAAUGGGGCGACACAAUAUACAUGACUGUCCAUGGCUCCUUCUUUCUCCUCGGAAUUUAUACUACCGUGUCGAUUUUUGUCUCUGUGCUCUGGUUAGCCUUGUUAAGGUCUUACGUGCGACUUCUGGUCCACCUGAUCAUCGUUGCUGUUCCGGUCGUCCUAUUCUCAUUCUCUUUAUACCCUUUUAUAUCAAGUUUCAAGGGACCAUGGCUCGGGGCAAGUAUACAAGAUAAAGCGAUGAGAUGGGGCUCUGCAGUUCCUCUCUUCAUGGCCACGAUGUGGAUCUACAAUGUUGUCCGCGGACGUCAAUCUAUUGGGAAGGCGAUAGGAAUUCUUGAAUUUGCUUGUCGAAUUCUAGCUGCCAAUCCGGAGCUCCUUGCUCUUGGUCUAGGGGCCAUGGUCUGCGUGGUCUCCUGGACGUGGAUCUGGAUGCUGAUGUUCACUCGCGUCUUCCUGGGCGGCCACGCUGGUCCGCGGUCUUUCAUUGUCGACUUGAGCAGCUGGUGGCUUGGUGUUUAUUUUGUCAUUGUCUAUCUGUGGUCCAUCGGUGUCAUUGCGGGCAUUCAGCGUGCCGUCACAGCCGCAACAGUAAGCCAAUGGUACUUCCACCGCUUGACUACACCCGCGCCAACUUCCAGGCAGAUUGUCCAGGCAGCCAUAGUUCAUGCUGUGACAACUCUGUUCGGCACAAUAUCGCUAUCCAGACUAUUGGGGCUCUUGAUUCGACUUCCGCUUCUAUUGCUACCAGGUCGUAUCUCCUCACUGCUCGGCUUGUUUGCCUAUUCAUUAGUUCCCACGCCUAUAACCUUUCUGACCAAUCCGCUUUCUCUCACCUAUGCCGCAAUCCAUUCGCAACCUCUUGCUGCUUCAUCGCGAGGUCUAAGUCAAAUGACGGUGCUUGCCCAAUCCGCCGCCUCCACUUCCUUGAAUCCUCGUUCCUAUCCUUCGGGAAACUCUGCCUCUCUUCUGUCCUAUCGACUUUCCAAGCUGAUUCUUUAUGCUACCCGGGCCAUGAUGUCACUGGCUUUGGGAUUCGGCGGCUGGGUUACCACCGCCCGCAGCUUGACAACCACUGCUACUGGCGGAACAGUUCGUGGCAGCCUUUAUGCUUAUGUGGUCGGUCUCAUUGCUGGAAUGAUUGGAUGGACCAUACUGGGUGCGAUGGAAGGUGUCAUUGCUGAUAUUGUCGAUGCAGCUGUGAUUUGCUGGGCCAGCGAGGUUGGCAUAUAUGGCCGAGAGGCCCGAUAUUGUCGAGAGGCUGGUUGGCUUUUUGGCGACUCGCAGUCUCGAUUCGACCAUGAACACCAGGAGGUCUAG